AUGUGCGGGCGGACGGCCUGCUCCCUCGGGGCCGACAACCUCCGCCGGGCCUGCGCCUAUCGCGACCGGCGGGGCCGCCGGCGGCAGCCUGAGUGGGUCCGGGCGGAAAGCUACCGGCCCUCGUACAACAAGGGCCCGCAGUCCAGCGGACCGGUGCUGCUCUCCCGCCGGCACCUCCAGCAGGAUGCCGACUCCUCUGAGCGGGUCCUCAUGGACAUGCGCUGGGGCCUGAUUCCCUCCUGGUUCAAAAAGGAUGACCCUUCCAAAAUGAAGUUCAAUACCGCUAACUGCCGCAGCGACACCAUGCUCGAGAAGUCCUCCUACAAAAGUGCUCUCCUCAAGGGUAAGCGCUGUGUGGUCCUGGCAGAUGGCUUCUACGAGUGGCAGCAGCAGAGUGGGGUGAAGCAACCAUAUUUCAUUUACUUCCCCCAGACCAAGGACACCAUGGGUGAAGGGAAGGAGGAAGAUGAGGAAUGGAGAGGUUGGAGAUUGCUCACCAUGGCUGGCAUUUUCGACUGCUGGGAGCCACCAUCAGGAGGAGAAACCCUAUACACUUACACCAUCAUCACUGUGGAUGCCUCCAAGGACGUGAGCUUCAUCCACCACAGGAUGCCAGCCAUCCUGGACGGGGAUGAGGCCAUCAGGAAAUGGCUGGACUUUGCUGAGGUGCCAACCCAAGAAGCAGUUAAACUCAUCCAGCCCACAGAGAAUAUAGUUUUUCACCCAGUGUCCACCUUUGUCAACAGCAUUCGUAACAACACACCUGAGUGUCUCACACCCAUCCAACUGGGAGACAAGAAGGAGGUCAAAGCUACCUCAAGCAGCAAAGUGAUGCUGGGCUGGUUAAAAAGCUCCCAGGAGGGCUCUCCGCAGAAGAAAGAAAAUGAUUUGCCGAAGUGGACAAGUCAGUUCAUCCACAGCCCUUCACCCAAGAAAACCAGUGCAGGUAUCCUGCAACAGUGGCUGGGGAAAGAGGCAGAGCCAGCUGCAAAGAAGCACAAGGCUUAG